CGAAACUCUACCUUCAUUUUCCUCGACGAAGGUGAUUUAAUUACUGUCAUGAUAUACGAUUCCGUCCUUUUCUAAGCUUUCAGGCGGCUCGACCGCCCCACGGCUUCCUUAAUGGAGUCCAAUCCUUCCCAUAUCGACCUUUCAGCGAGCCGGCAGCCUCAGAUAUGGGCGGCGAUAGGCACAACAUACGCCCUGGCUGUAAUCUGCGUAGCUCUCCGGUUCCUCGCUCGACGACUGGUCAAGUUCACAUUCUGGCUGGACGACUGGCUUGUACUUGGGGCUUUAGCCAUCUUGACCGCACUCAUUAUCGAGACGAAGUACUGGACCGACGCUGGAAUGGGUCGACAUGUUGCCAGUUUCCCACCCGCAGAGAUCCCAGGAGUUUACGAGAAGUUCUUCAAGGGCUUGUUCAUGGGCUGGAUCAUCUACAUCGCCGCUAUUUGCGUCGUCAAGUUCUCGGUGCUUGCGUUCUACUGGCGUAUCUUCCAGUACACCUCGAUUCGUAUCCCGAUCUGGAUCCUCACUGGCAUCACUGCGUGCUGGGGCUUGUCAACCAUCCUCGUCAUAAUCUUCCAAUGCACCCCCAUCUCCUCCUUCUGGUCCACCCCCCAAGGCCCCGCCGUUACCUGCUCCAUAAACUACAACGCCUUCUUCAUCAGCUCCGCCAUCCCGCACAUCCUCACCGAUGUCGCCAUCCUGUGCCUCCCGCUCCCCUACAUCUUCACCAUCCAACGCCCGCUGCCCCAGAAACUCGCCAUCACCGCCAUCUUCAUGCUCGGCGGCUUCGUCGUCGUCAUCGCUAUUUUACGGUUGGUGUAUCUAGCAGCUGACUCGACCGAUGACUUGGACGUCACGUGGGCAUUCGUCAACGUCGCGAUCUGGACGAACUGCGAGUGCUCGGUCGCGGUGGUGUCGGCGUGCUUACCGAGCUUGAGGCCGGUGAUGCAGUGGGUGUUCACGGGCUCGCCGCACUCGAAGGCUGGGUCUAGUGAAGGGAGGCCGGUGGUCUCGUUGCCGUCGUGGCGGUCUAGUCGGUCGCGCUCUAAUCACGGAAUUCAGGAGCCGCCGGCUUGUAUCGUCAAAGAGGGCCCGCGGCAUCAGUAUCGCUUCGUGCAUGUCAGUGCUGCGGAAGAGACGCCGAGGUGCAAUAUCGUGACAACUAGGAGGUUGUCGCAUGAUGGGUUUGGCUUCGUGACUCUCGGGGCGUCGGAGACGGAGCUCGCGCGUGGUUCUUCGGAAAGCGCGGUGCGUGGAGGGAGUGGUCGAUCGGAUCUCGAAUCGGUGGGUUCGUCGAAGCAUACGGAUAGGAGUUCAGAAUUGGGGAAAGCUAGGUGGGAUAUGUAUGACUUCUGUGAUGAUUUAUGAGCGUUAUGUUAGGAAAUUGGGAAAGCAGGAUGACUAAGACAUGCACGUUAAGCAUAAGCGAUUAGAGUUGCGAGAAGAUAUGAUGUGUGAUAAUGUAUAUACAGAUGAAAAAAUCGUGAAGAGCCGUCAAUGCUCGGUGCCCAAUCCUCUAGUGUAGAGUAAAAAUACAGGUUC